AUGUACUCAGCCCACAGGCCCGUGGUGCCCGCGUCUGGCACGGCCUCCCGUGGCCUCGGCAUGUUCGUCUGGACCAACGUGGAACCUCGCUCCGUGGCUGUGUUUCCUUGGCACUCCUUAGUUCCCUUCCUGGCUCCUAGCCAACCUGAUCCCUCCGUGCAGCCAAGCGAGGCCCAGCAACCUGCCAGUCACCCGGUGACCUCUAACCAGAGCAAAGAACCUGCAGAGUCAGCAUCUGUGGCUCAUGAGCAGCCACCCACUGGGACAGGAAGUGCUGACUCUGGGCGACCCCCUGCUGCCACAUGCCCUGAGAGCCCGGGGCCUGGACCACCACACACUUUGGGGGGGAUUGAACCUGGCAAGGGCCCCCCUCCCGCUACUGAGGAGGAGACCCCUGGUCCCCCAGGAGAGUCCCGUCUGGAUAGUGAGACAGAGAGUGACCAUGAUGAUGCCUUCCUCUCCAUCAUGUCUCCUGAGAUCCAGCUGCCGCUGCCACCUGGAAAACGCCGGACCCAGUCCCUCAGUGCCCUGCCCAAAGAACGAGACUCUUCUUCUGAGAAGGACAGCCGAAGUCCCAACAAGCGGGAGAAGGACCAUAUCCGGCGGCCCAUGAAUGCCUUCAUGAUCUUCAGCAAGCGACACCGGGCCCUGGUCCACCAGCGGCACCCAAACCAGGACAACCGGACUGUCAGCAAGAUCCUGGGUGAAUGGUGGUAUGCCCUGGGGCCCAAGGAGAAGCAGAAGUAUCACGACCUGGCCUUCCAGGUGAAGGAGGCCCACUUCAAGGCCCACCCAGACUGGAAAUGGUGUAACAAGGACCGGAAGAAGUCCAGCUCAGAGGCCAAGCCCACGAGCUUGGGGCUGGCUGGGGGACACAAGGAAACAAGGGAGCGGAGCAUGUCGGAGACGGGCACAGCAGCCGCCCCUGGAGUGUCGUCAGAGCUCCUGUCUGUGACAGCCCAGACCCUCCUGAGCUCUGACACCAAGGCUCCUGGAAGUGGCUCGUGUGGGGCAGAACGGCUGCACCCCUUAGGACCUGGCACAGUGCGGCCCCGUGCCUUCUCCCACAGCGGGGUCCACAGCCUGGACGGUGGGGAGGCAGACAUCCAGCCCUUACAGGACUUAACUCAGAUGGUUUCAGGCCCCGCAUCCUACUCUGGUCCCAAGUCUACCACCCAGUAUGGGGCUGCAGGCCCCUUCACAGCCCCUGGCGAGGGGGGUGCCCUGGCGGCCAGUGGGCGCCCCCCACUGCUGCCCACCCGAGCCUCUCGUUCUCAGCGGGCAGCCAGUGAGGACAUGACCAGCGAUGAGGAGCGUAUGGUCAUCUGUGAGGAAGAGGGGGAUGAUGAUGUCAUUGCUGACGAUGGUUUCAGCACCGCAGACAUCGAUCUCAAGUGCAAGGAACGGGUGACUGACAGCGAGAGCGGAGACAGCUCUGGGGAGGACCCUGAAGGCAGUAAGGGCUUUGGCCGGAAGGUGUUCUCGCCUGUGAUCCGUUCCUCUUUCACCCACUGCCGUCCUCCUCUGGACCCCGAGCCUCCUGGGCCCCCAGAUCCAUCGGCAGCCUUCAGCAAGGGCUACGGGCCUACCCCCUCCUCGUCCUCAUCUGUCUCAGCCUCAACCUCUGCAGCCCCUUCCUUCUCCCUGGGUUCAGGGGCCUUCAAGGCGCAGGAGUCUGGGCAGGGCAGCACAACAGGUCCACUGCGGUCUCUGCCUCCUGGGACUGGGGGCCCAGUGACACCUUCCAAGGCCACCCGGUUCCUCACAUCUGAUCCUACCACCUUCCGACGCAAGAGACCUGAAAGUGUGGGGGGUCUGGAGCCACCAGGCCCCUCAGUUAUUUCGGCACCUCCUGGCGGGGGAGGGAGCAUCCUACAAACACUGGAGGACCGGGCGGGCAGUAGAGCCCGCAUGCCCUCAGCCCCGGCCCCAUCACUGGCCUACGGGGCUCCUGCAGCAACACCCCUGUCCCGCCCAGCGGCCACAAUGGUCACCAAUGUGGUGCGACCCGUCAGCAGCACUCCUGUGCCCAUCGCCUCAAAGCCCUUCCCUACUUGUAGCCGGGCAGAGGCGGCUCCAAAUGACACAGCAGGUGCCAGGACUGACACGGGCACUGGAGCCCGAGCUCCCGGGGGCUCCCCACUGGGAGUCAGCUUGGUAUACUCGGACAAAAAGCCAACAGCAGUCACCUCCCCAGCUCCACACUUGGUGACUGGGCCUCUGCUGGGCACUGUGGGAAAGGCACCUGCCACGGUCACCAACUUGCUGGUGGGCACCCCAGGCUACGGGGCCCCUGCCCCUCCUGCUGUUCAGUUCAUUGCCCAAGGGGCCCCCGGCAGUGGAGCCACUUCAGGCUCUGGGACAGGUACAGGGAGUGGUCCUAAUGGGCCAGUGCCCCUGGGCAUCCUCCAGCCAGGAACCCUGGGCAAAGCUGGAGGCAUCACCCAGGUGCAGUACAUCUUACCCACACUGCCUCAGCAGCUUCAGGUGACGCCUGCCCCAACAGCUGCCCCUGGGACCAAGGGAGCAGCGCCCAGCACCCCCGCACCUACCACCAGCAUCCGCUUCACCCUCCCACCAGGCACCUCCACCAAUGGCAAGGUCCUGGCAGCCACUGCCCCGACUCCUGGCAUCCCCAUUCUGCAGUCUGUACCUUCUGCCCUGCCCCCCAAAGCCCAGUCAGUGUCUCCUGUGCAGGCCCCACCCUCGGGGGGCUCAGCUCAGCUGCUGCCAGGGAAGGUACUAGUGCCCUUGGCGGCACCGGGUAUGCCUGUGCGAGGGGGAGGGGCUGCCCAGCCACUGCCCUUCUCAGUACCCGUGCAGAAUGGUGCCCAGCCACCCAGCAAGAUCAUCCAGCUGACCCCGGUGCCCGUGAGCACACCCAGUGGUCUGGUGCCCCCCCUGAGUCCAGCCACGCUCCCUGGGCCCACUUCUCAGCCCCAGAAGGUUCUGCUGCCCUCCUCCACCAGAAUCACCUAUGUGCAGUCAGCGGGCGGGCACGCUCUGCCCCUGGGCACCAGCCCCGCGUCCAGCCAGGCAGCAACAGUCGCCUCGUAUGGGCCCACGAGCUCAGUGGCCCUGGGCUUCACCUCGCUGGGGCCCAGCGGCCCUGCCUUUGUGCAGCCUCUGCUCUCAGGUCAGACCCCCCUGUUGGCUUCUGGCCAGGUGGGUGUGUCACCUGUGCCCAGCCCCCAGCUGCCUCCUACCUGUGCAGCCGCUGGAGGUCCUGUCAUCACGGCAUUUUACCCAGGCAGCCCUGCCCCCACCUCCUCAGCACCCCUGGCCCAGCCGUCCCAGGCUCCUCCAGGCCUGGUCUACACGGUGGCCACCAGCACCACCACCCCUGCUGCUACUCUCCUGCCCAAGGGCCCACCGGCCCCCGCCACUGCCACCCCAGCCCCCACCAGCCCCUUUCCUAGUGCAACAGGCUCCAUGACCUACAGCUUAGUCCCCCCCAAGGCCCAGCGGCCAACCCCCAAGGCUCCUCAGAAAGUGAAGGCAGCCAUCGCCAGCAUUCCUGUGGGUUCCUUUGAGGCAGGUGCCCCUGGGCGGCCUGGCCCUGCCCCCCGGCCACCCCUGGAGCCUGGCCCAGUCCGCGAGCCCCGCGAGCCAAGUGGCCCUGAGCCUGAGCUAGAAGGACAGCCGACAACCCCAGCCCCUCCACCACCCACGGAGCCCUGGGCUCCCACAGUCCGCAGCAGCCCACCACCUCCUCCGCCGACUGAGGAGCGGACCAGUGCCAAGGGCUCUGAGGCCAUGGCCAGCAAAUUCCCCAGCUCAUCAUCAGAUUGGCGCGUUCCUGGGCUGGGCCUGGAGAGCCGUGGCGAGCCUCCCACCCCGCCCAGCCCAGCCCCAGCUCCAGCCUCAGGUGGCAGCCUCAGCAGCAGUGAGGGCACCAGUGGGAGGGCAGCCGGGGAGACCCCUGAACGCAAGGAGGUAGCUGGUACUGGCAAGAAGGUGAAGGUGCGGCCCCCACCCCUGAAGAAGACCUUUGACUCUGUGGACAACAGGGUCCUGUCCGAGGUGGACUUCGAAGAGCGCUUUGCUGAAUUGCCUGAAUUCCGGCCUGAGGAGGUACUGCCCUCUCCCACCCUACAAUCUCUGGCCACCUCACCCCGUGCCAUCCUGGGUUCCUACCGCAAGAAGAGGAAGAACUCCACUGAUCUGGACUCGGCACCCGAAGACCCCACCUCUCCCAAGCGCAAGAUGAGGAGACGCUCUAGCUGCAGCUCUGAGCCCAAUACCCCCAAGAGCGCCAAGUGUGAGGGGGACAUCUUCACCUUUGACCGGACAGGUACGGAAGCCGAGGACGUGCUUGGGGAACUCGAGUACGAGAAGGUGCCAUACUCGUCACUGCGCCGGACCCUGGACCAGCGGCGGGCCCUGGUCAUGCAGCUCUUCCAGGACCAUGGCUUCUUCCCCUCAGCCCAGGCCACAGCAGCCUUCCAGGCCCGCUACGCUGACAUCUUCCCCUCCAAGGUCUGUCUGCAGCUAAAGAUCCGGGAGGUGCGCCAGAAGAUCAUGCAGGCGGCGACUCCCACGGAGCAGCCCCUGGGAGCUGAGGCCCCUCUCCCUGGACCACCCCCCACUGGCACUGCUGCUGCCCCUGCUGCCACGCCCAGCCCUGCUGGGGGCCCUGACCCCACCUCCCCCGGCUCAGACUCUGGUGUGACUACGGUUGCCCCGCUACUGCCUCCACCCCCAGAGCCAGGGACUGGACAGCCUGGCUGGGAUGGGGUCCCCCAGCCCUCCCCACCUCCCUCUAGCUCCUCCACAGCUGCCACAGGCAGGUGA